UAGUGCGUAUUGUGUAAUGUGAAGAGAAGAUACAAACUUUACGAGGCAGAAACGAAAUAAAAGCAAAAUUCCUUCUCGUUCCGAUAAUUAAUGCUCCGUCUGAAUAAUCCUCAGGCUCCCUUCAAUCCAAAAACCUUUCCAUGAUUCAUUCAUAAUGGGGAAGAAAUCGUCGUCAUCAUCGUAUUCAUCAGGAUCGUCAUCGUCGUCGACCACAUUGCGGCGGAGAUGGCGUUUUUUUCAGCCAAGGUACUACGGAAAGAGGCCAAAGAGACUCGCUUUGCUCAUUCUCCUCUGCGUCUCUGUCACUUGGAUUUUCUAUGACCGUCAAUCACUCAACAGGGACCAUCAGGAGGAAAUUUUGAGAUUACAAGAAGAGGUUGCCAACUUGCGAAGUGCGCUGGAAGCUAUACAUGACCAUAUGAAAACCUCGGCUGAAACUGAAAGCAUCCCAAAACAUGAAACAGAAACUAGUUUACACACCAAGAGCACCUCUGCUGAGGACAAUGAUUCUAUUUGUGAAAAACGGAGACAGAAAGUAAAAGAUGCUAUGCUUCAUGCAUGGUCAUCUUAUGAAAAGUAUGCAUGGGGCACGGAUGAACUUAAGCCAAUAUCAAGGAUUGGAGUUGACAGUUUUGGUGGACUUGGUGCAACUUUAGUAGAUUCUCUUGACACAUUAUAUAUAAUGGGCCUUCAUUCUGAGUUCCAAAAAGCCAGAGAGUGGAUUGAGAAAUCUUUAUAUCUUAAGAAGAAUGUUGAAGUGAGCGUGUUUGAGACAACCAUAAGAAUUCUAGGUGGCCUUCUUAGUGCAUACGAUCUCUCUGGUGAAGAAGUCUUCCUUGAAAAGUCAAAAGAACUUGCAGAGAGGCUGUUACCUGCUUGGGAUACACCUUCAGGAAUCCCCUAUAAUAGAAUUAACUUGGAACAUGGCAGACCAACUAAUCCUAGGUGGACACGGGGAAGCAGUAUUCUUGCAGAUUCUGGUUCAGAGCAGCUUGAAUUUAUUGCUCUCUCACAAAGAACAAAUGACCCUAAGUACCAGGAAACGGCAGAGAAGGUAAUUGAACGGUUUCGUAGAAUUUUUCCUGCGGAUGGGUUGCUUCCCAUAUAUAUAAAUCCACAAACUGGAAUCAACCCAACUGGUUCAAUUACAUUUGGUGCUAUGGGUGACAGCUUCUAUGAAUAUCUACUCAAGGCCUGGAUUCUUGGAAACAAGACUGAAGCAGUAAAAUACUACAGGGAAAUGUGGGAGACAUCAAUGCAAGGUCUUGAAAGCUUGAUUAAGAGAUCAACACCAUCAUCUUUUGCAUACAUAACUGAGAAGCUUGGAAAUACUGUCUAUGACAAGAUGGAUGAAUUAGCUUGUUUUGUUCCUGGGAUGCUUGCUCUGGGAUCUUCUGGCUAUGACCCUGAAGAAGCAGGCAAGUACAUGUCUCUAGCCGAGGAGCUUGCACGGACGUGUUACAAUUUCUACCAGUUAACACCAACUAAGUUAGCUGGGGAGAACUAUUACUUCCGCCAGGGAGAGGAUAUGCUUGUUGGCACUUCAUGGAAUAUCCAAAGACCAGAAACGAUUGAGUCACUCUUCUACCUCUGGCGUUUAACUGGAAACAACACAUACCGAGAAUGGGCUUGGGAUAUUUUUGAAGCAUUCGAAUCGAACUCUAGAAUAGCUUCAGGAUAUGUUGGACUCAAAGAUGUGAAUACGGGGGCCCAAGAUGAUAUGAUGCAGAGCUUCUUCCUCGCCGAAACACUCAAAUACCUCUAUCUCCUCUUUUCUCCUCCUUCAGUCAUCUCUCUUGAUGAAUGGGUGUUCAACACAGAGGCCCACCCUUUAAGAAUUAGAACUAGAAAUGAUGUUCAUGAGGAACAACUGAAUUUAGACCAAGAAGAUAAAUUUCCAAGCCAUUUGCUAGGUAGAAAAGAAGGUCGCUUGGAAAACAAGUAACUGAGAGUUGUUGCUUUAGGAUCUUGGCGAGCGAAACCCGAAGAAUGUGCUUAAGUUCCCUACCAAGUUAAUUAGUUAUGUUUGACAGCAUUUGAGGCUGAUCAACCACCUUGAUAUCAAUGGUUGCAAAGGGGGACAGCUUGUUACAAUUUAUCAACAUUUUCUUGGGUUGUCUAUCACCACCAACGAUCUUUUGUAUGUGGUGAUAUGGUGAAGAUUAGCUUAACUACUUUUUUUCUUUUUCUAAUUAGUAGGAUAACUCUGGUUGUAAAUGCCUAUGUAAAAGUAGAAGCCCUACUUAGUUUCGAUCAAUUUUUGCACGGUUGUAAAUCCUCUGUGGAGUAAGCUUAAAGUGAAAUGAAAUCUAGAUAUCAAUUACUUGGUUUUGAGAUUUCCUUUUCUUUUUUUUCAUGUUCUAAACAGCCCCCUUUAGGCUUGAAUAUCAGAUUAGAAAAGGGUGAGUAAAAAUAUGUAUGAAGAUGUAGUAACGUAUAGAACUGUUACAAUAAAGUUGGACACUUAUUAGCAUUGUGUUAAUCUAAAUGAU